CCUGAUCUGUCGGGCCCAAUUACUAAAAUGACUUUUGCCAUUUUAAGGAGACUUUUCUAGCCGCUGAAGCCGCCCACAAGGACGUCAUGAAGUGCUGGGGGCCCUUGAAGGCAGCGGUGGAGUACGCCCUGGCGAUGACCCUCGCCCACCUGGAGGGCUGCUCCAACGGCAACACCCUCAACUUCCAGGUGAUGGACGCGCAGCUCCAGAAGCUACUCGGGGAAGGGCAUCGUCUCCAGGAGCAGUUCGCCCCGAUCCUCCAGAACUGCGAGAGUAAUUUGUGCGUCUGGAUGAAGUCGAUGUCGCUGCAGAUGCCUCUGAUGUCCUGGAAGUCACGAGUCCAGGAGCGCAUGAAGAUGAUGCACCAGGAGGUGGCGUCAGCUGAAGGGAAAGUCUCGGGGUGCGUUCGUCCGGUUCAACAGGAAUACGAAGGACAUCUGGAGAUGCUGAACAAUCAGACGAGGGAAUGCGUGGCAAAACUACCGGCAGGUGGUGGGUUAGAUGUCCCUUCGGGUCCAGGUGGACGUGGUGAGAUGGAAUCGACAAGUCCGAGUGGACCUGUUCUAGUCAGCGGGGGCCCUAUGAUCGUAGUUGAAUGGAUGCUGAGUCCUGUGAUGGUGCUGACACCUGGGGGAUCAGUCGUCAGGACAGUUGAGGUGACGGGAACAGUUUUGGGUAGUUUUCCUGGUGAAGGUGUCCAGGUUGAAUAUAGUGCAUCCUUCGAGUCUAUGGUACCCUUCGAAGGUACUAGACUUUUCGGAACUACUGAGCCCUUUGAAGGUACUGAGCCCUUCGAAGGUACCACACCCUUUGAAGGUACCGAGCCCUUCGAAGCUACCGAGCCCUUCGAAACUACCGAGCCCUUCGAAACUACCACACCCUUCGAGACUACCAAACCCUUCGAAGGUACCGAGCCCUUCGAGACUACUGAGCCCUUCGAAACUACCGAGCCCUUCGAAGCUACCACACCCGUCGAGACUACCAAACCCUUCGAAGGUACCGAGCCCUUUGGAACUACUGAACCCUUUGAAGGUACCACACCCUUCGAAGCUACUGAGCCCUUCGAAGCUACCGAGCCCUUCGAAGCUACUGAGCCCUUUGAAGCUACCGAGCCCUUCGAAGCUACUGAGCCCUUCGAGACUACCGAACCCUUCGAGACUACUGAGCCCUUCGAAACUACCGAACCCUUCGACCCUACGGCCCCAUCAGACUUUACGACGAUGGUCACCCCAAGAGUCCCAACUGACUUAACAACGACAGGAGAAGAUUCCCUACGUGAUCUGACGCAAUUCCCUGAAUCAGCAGAUUCACCUGCGACAACGAUCAUCAUCUCCACGACUUCCGAUGAAUCAGCAACAGGUGGUGAACCUGCGACCGCAGGUGUUGGUCUAGAUGAAUUGACAACUCCAGGUGAAGUAGCAACUCCAGGUGAAAAUGCAACUCCAGGUGAAAGUGCAACUCCAGGUGAAGUGACAACUGCAGGUGAAAAUGCAACUCCAAGUGAUGUGACAACUCCAGGUGAAAAUGCAACUCCAGGUGAAGUGACAAUUCCAGGUGAAAGAGCAACUCCAGGUGAUGUGACAACUCCAGGUGAAGUGACAACUCCAGGUGAAGUGACAACUCCAGGUAAAAAUGCAACUCCAGGUAAAGUGACAACUCCAGGUAAAAAUGCAACUCCAGGUGAAGUGACAAUUCCAGGUGAAAAUGCAACUUCAGGUGAAAAGGCAACUCCAGGUGAAAGAGCAACUCCAGGUGAAAAUUCAACUCCAGGUGAGAUGGCAACUCCAGGUGAAAUGGCAACUCCAAAUGAAAAUGCAACUCCAGGUAAUGCUACAAUAGCUACGAACUACUCAACUCCACGUGAAACAAUGGACAUAACCAAUCCUGGAGAUCAAUACGAAGUUAAACUCGUGGAACCGAAAAUCUGAUUGGAAUUUCUGACAAGUUAAACCCGGAAAAUCGACGAGCAAAAGUCUUUUCAAAAAUGAAGUCGUAACGAAAUCAUAUCGAACGUCUGUUGGAACGUGACAACACAACUGAGACAGAGUUUCCAUUGUUUGUUUAAUUGUUUGUUCGAUUGUUAGAAAUUAAUGUUUUUCGGGUCGAUAAACUUUGGAGAAAUUAAUGAGCUGAUGAGGGUGACGUGAAAGUGAAUGAAAGUUCUGAGAACUGAUGAGUGAAAUAUUAAAUUAUAAUUAUCAUAAAUAUUGAUUUUCAAAAUGAUAUUGAAAGGAAAAUUGACUGCCCUGGGGUGUGAACCUGUGACCAUCGGAUCCAACAAUUAAUAAUAAAAAUGAUGGAAUUUAAUGUUAUUAAUGAUUUUGGAUCUGAUGAUUGUGGACUAAUUAACAGAGAUAACUUGGUCGGUUCCGUUGCCUCGAGGAUGAUAACUCCUUCGCCUUUUUGCUUCCUGGAUAAUGGCUAAAUACCUGGACGUUGAAGAUGCAUUUGGACCACUGGACUAGCUCAAUAACCUCAUGGUUAUUAUAAAUUUAUUCGCGUUAUAAACCACUUGUUCAAUAGCCCGUGACAUUGAUGUCCGUGACGUUUGUCAUGAUCUUAUUAAUUCUCCCUUCGAGUCUCUUUAUUUUAUUUAGCUUAUUAAAAGCUUGGUCCAGCAGUCUUGGAUACACCUUCAUCCAGACCUAGUGAUAUCGAGCCUUGGAUACCAGUCCUUCGCCUCGACUGGCCCGACUCUGGCAUCCAGACACUUGGAUAUCAGUCUUGGCGAUCCGGUGGUUAAGCUACUUGUAUCAAAACACCUGCAGCUGUCACAUGAUUCUAUAUUAUCAACCAUUGGCUUAACCCGGUGGUUAAAUCACCUCCUCGCCUGCUUGAGGAUCAGUAAAUCAAGUCUCGGGGGGCCAGUCUACCCCCAGGCUCGUUACAAUCUCGGUAUCCAGGCUUGAUUCCCUGGAAGAAUCCAAACCCAUCAACUAUCUAAUAUGACAAUCCUAUCAAACCUGAUUGAGGUUAGGACACCCAGAGUCUGGUAGACCUAGACUUCAUUCUUCAUUCAGUCUUCCGAGUCUCAUUUUCAAAGUAAAGGAAAAGUCCUGGGUUUUACGACCUUCGUGACCCUCCAUAAAGAUCGCGAGGGCCAUCAACUUUGAAACUGUUGUCUCAGGCCUUGACAUUUCCCCUGUUACCACCAAUUUUCGUGGUCGAAAGGUCACUCGAGUGAGAACUUCCCCUCAAAGUCAAUAUUUGUUCGACUAGACUACAAUAUUUCCUUUUGUAAAAAGGACGUACACCUCAAAUCUCGAAUCGAAUCGAACAUAUCGAAAUUCCGUAACACUUAUUCGUGAUUGGUAGAUACAUUCACAGCAGCAUAAUUUGAAUUUCACAAGUACACAAGUAUCAAGUAAAUCAAGUCAAUGGAUGAGUUAAUUAGUAGAAAAUAAAAACUUAGUUAGAAAAUGGAAAUGAAACAAGUUACUCAUCAAAUGUAAAUAUCUAUAUCUUAUCGAAACUCCUGUAUUUUCCAAGUCGUCUUACAGCUUCAAGACAUUUAAAAUUUAGCAUGUUGCCUACAAGUGGGAAAUAGAUCAGCUGUGAAUAUAUCAGCAAUUUUUAAAGAUCCAUGUUUACGAAAUGAUGACGUGUUCAACGUCAUACGCGAUUACUUCAGGAUCAUUUUGGUAUAAUUAUUUUGAAUUUAAAUAUUACAUUGACUUUUUAUAUCCAUAUAAUUCAACUGCUCUACUCAUACAGUAGUUAAAAUAACGUGCACUCACCGCAAAUGUGACUUAAAUAAAAAAUAUCACAACAAUUAAGAUUAACCAAAUCGUGCGCGGUGGCGCGCGGCUAUGUCUCGUGUGUUAAAUUCUCCAACAACUACCCCCCUCCCCCUCCUCACUCACACUAAUACUUGCCUUGCA